UAAAUGUGUAAGUAGUAGUGAUACAAACGUCAUGUCAUUGGUAGCUAUAAUAUCUACUAUAUUGGCGUUGCUAAAUGUAGCAAAUUCAGAAGUCGUAGUAGAACUGGCAAAUGGGCAAAUACGUGGUCGUAUUGAAACUACCUACAACAAUGUAACAUUCUAUGCCUUUCAAGAGAUUCCAUUUGCUAAACCACCUUUGGGGGAUUUACGAUUUAUGGCUCCUCAACCUGUAGACGAUUGGGAAGGCAUUCUAGACUGCACAAAGGAAACCAAAAUAUGCAGGCAAAUAAGUAAAAAUGAUCCCAUGGAAAACGAAGAUUGUUUAUAUGUGAACGUUUAUAGCCCUGUGAAGCCUGGUACCGACCCCGUUUUACCGGUCAUGUAUAACAUAUAUGGGGGCGGCUUUAAUCAUGGCAGUAACAGAUUUGCUGACUCGGGACCUCACUAUUUUAUGGAACAGGGAGUUAUCAUCGUUACUGUCAAUUAUCGAACUGGACCUUUAGGUUUCUUAUCUACUGAAGAUGCAGUGAUCCCAGGAAAUAACGGAUUGAGAGAUCAGAACUUCGGCCUCCAGUGGAUUCAAAAUAAUAUCCAUCUGUUUGGAGGGGAUCCUAAGAAAGUAACCAUUUUUGGUCAAAGUGCCGGUGGCGCAUCAGUUACUUACCAAAUCCUCAGUAAACAGUCUAAGGGUUUAUUCAGAGCAGCUAUAGCCCAAAGCGGUUCAGCUUUAAACCCCUGGACUUACCAAAGGCACGCCAAAAACAUAGCUUACCAAUUUGCUGCCCAAUUUGAUCCAACUUUCACCACGAACCAAACCUCACAGGAGUUAUUGGAAUUGCUGCAAAAUGUACCAGAAGAUCAACUGGCUGAGGUCUCUUCAAGCUUUAGUCCGGAAGGAAUAAGUUCCGAACAAAUCAUUCAAGGUUACUAUUGGGCACCUGUUAUUGAACCUACACAUCAACAAGCUUUCUUAACGGAUAGGCAGUAUGGAAUUCUGGAAUCGGGAGAUUUUAACAAAGUACCUUUGAUUAUUGGUAUUUGUUCAGAAGAAUCUCUACAACGGGCUUUAGAUCAAGAAUCAUUCCAAAAGAAUGUGGCCAAUUAUGAGAAAGACAUUCAAAAUUUGGUUAAUGAAGACUUACAUUUGACAAACGAAGUGGCUUUAACUCGGGUCGGGGAACAAAUAAGGAAAAUAUAUACGGACGGGGAGCUUUCUUCCAAUUUGUCAAGUGCUGUUAGGUUUUAUUCUGAUACUUCAUUCACCAGAGCUAUUCGACGCUAUGCUGAGAUACAGUCACAGUUUACAGACGUCUAUUUCUAUCAAUUUUCGUAUUUUGGUGAAAUGUCCCGAUUUACAGAAAUAGAUUUGCCAGGUGCUGGAAAAGUACCUCAUGUAGGAGACAACCACUACCUGUGGACUAUAAACAACAACAGCAACGUUCAUAUUUACCCCGUCGCCGACGCUCUAACCAGUCGAAGAUAUGUCAAACUCUUCACAGACUUUAGUAAAUACUUAAAUCCAACUCCAGAGGAGACCAGUUUGAUGCAAAACCUUAUUUGGCCUAAAGUAAACAGCAGCUCUUUCCUGUAUCUAGAUAUCGACGAAAACUUGGAAGUUAAGCUGAAUCCAAAGAAUGAAUCCUACACUGGAUGGGUAGAUGUUUACGAUACAUGGGCUGUUAAACCAUACGACACGUACUAAAAACGUGUAUCAAUAUUUCUCAAUAAAUUUGUUUUCUUAUUUAAA